AUGGCUGUCGAAACAACCCUGGAAGUGACCGAGCUUCCCACCAGUCCAGAACAUGCCCAAGAUACGGCGGAGCCAUCCCAGGAUAAUCUCGCUUCAGCUGACCCGGAACCCGCCGGAUUCCAACUUUCGAUUUUCAUCCCUCGCCCGAACUUUUGCUCAGAGGUCAACCUGACACCCGGUCAAUCGGUCAAUGGAGACCAAGAACCCGAAUCUGCGUAUAUCGAGCUCAUCUUACCUGUCAACGGGCCAGAGACCAUCCGAGAACUCCAGCAAUCCGUAAUCGAAUCAGCUGAAGGCUGGUGGCUUGGCGCUAUCGGCUUGACCAGCGUCGAACUUGAUCAAAACGGCAAACCUGACCCCCAGCAGCCGUCUACUCGAAACGUUUUUGGAGAAUUUGCGGAGUUAUCGUCCGCCUUUACCUCCGAAAAAUUCAAGGAUCCCACUGUGAAGCGGGCGUUACUAGCUGUCAACAUCGACUAUACUGAAUACUCGGCCCGUUUGCACGUCAUCAGACUGCGAGAUGUGUUGUACUCUCAAGCCCCAGGCCUGUUAGUGGGGAACCCAACUCCUUUCCCCCCCUACGAUCCAUCUCAAAUCGGUAUCGCGGGCGCUGUUAGCCUUUUCUCCUCGGUUAGAGGAGACCAAGGCACUACCUCUGCUGAUUUACCGCCUCCCGAGCAAAAUUCGACCGAUCAGCCGAGUCCAGGUUCGAGCAAAAACAAAAAGAAGAAGAAACCGGCACAACCAUCUUCAUCAAUUGUCGCUACACCUCAAGCUACCACAGAACCUAUUGCCCAAGAGUCAAUCAUUGAGAGUUUGGCCACCUAUCGCUUCAAUCCCGCCAAUUCGCUUGGAGUAUUCAACGGAUUAAAAGGCGACCACCCAGAAAACCGCGAACAAAUUCCUUCUGCUCGCUAUCUCAAGUCCUUUGCUCUUUCGACCUGGAAUUCACCUCCACAUCAUUAUCGCUUACGUGGCCAGUUUCUCUAUCUAGCUAUCACUACCCUUGAAAACGUCUCUUACGAAAUUACAUGCCACACAAAAGGGUUCUAUGUCAAUAAAUCUUCGAAAACUCAAUUCGAUCCCUCUCCGUCCAACGACUCAUCUCCUGAUUCGGCUUAUUUCCACACCCUCACCCAACUGAUCUGUAGUCUUUCGCCGGGCUUUGUCAAGCAAGUUACCGAGACGUGGAAUCGAGCUUUGAACCCGGCUUUUCCCGACUUUUUCACCUCACUCUCAAUCACCAACUGCUUGCCAGCGUUCCCAUGGCUCGUCAACCCAGAGAAGCCCUCUCCGGAUGCCAUUCGACCCCAACUAGCGUACUUAAUAACGGGCAGCACUACGGCCGAGACCUUGCCGCCUGCUCGUGACUGGGCCGAUGAGUUUGCACAAGCUCGAGAACUCCCCCGCAAAUCGCUCGCCGAACGUAUCCUGAGGGAAAGGAUCUGGAGCCGGCUCCAAUCUGAUUUCAGCAUGGCUGCCACCCGGGGAGUCAUUAGCUGUAGCCGGGGCGAGGUGUCAGCUUUGAACCCUCAAGAACCAGAGUCGGCUUGGACUUAUGUACUCAACAACAUCCUCUUCAGUCGAGCAGAAGAUCCUAUAGGUGCUUACGAGCAUCUUGGAGGCACUGCUGCAGCUCGCGCCAUCGCGAGCAAAGAUCUUCACAGCAUCAAACAUCUCAACCAACUCGAUAUUCCCGGAAUCUACACCAUGGGCAGCGCUGUCAUCGAUUAUCACGGCAAACGUUGGAUAGCGCAGGGUAUGAUCCCUGGAAUCUUCCGCCCCCCAGACCUCGAGGCUGAGAAGGCAAAGGAAGACCUCGCCGCUCAACAGUCACGCAUCAACGGAGGUGCGGCACACGACGACAAAGACGAAGGCGAUUGGGAGAAGGUCAACGGUUCCCUUCCAGUCACACCCCAAAUCGGCACAGUCAAAGUCCCAGAAGAAGUUUCCCCUCCGACUACCUAUGAUAUUCUCUAUGGAAGUGCCGACAUUGAGAAACCGGAGAUGGGAUUGAGGUCGGAUCCUAAGUUCCAUCGAUUGGCUGCGCAAGUUGCUUCGGGAUUCAGCCUUUCUGAACACGAUGUGACAGAUGUCAAUGGUCGAUCACACCGUCUAUGGCUCAGUGCAGAUGUUCACGGCAUUAGAGCCACCGAUGGUAGAUGCUAUCUGAUAGAUCUGUAUCGAAUGGCGCCCCUUGACGUUUAUUUCAUUCAAAAUGAUAUCAAUGGACCCAUUUUCGACGGUAAAACACCGAUCUCGGAGCCGACUCUAUCCAAACCUCCAGUCCAGUCUUCGCAGGACACAUUUCCUCAUCGAUUUACCGUGAUCCGAAUGGAAGCAGUCAAUUCCUUCAAGCAAGACAAGUUUCGGCAACUUGCCCUCAAGCACAUCCAGAGGCACAAGCAGAGGCAGGAGAAAGCCUCCCAAGCGACUGCUGACUCCCAAACCGACGGAAAAGCAAUCGAGGCAUCUACAGAAGCACUUGAAGAAGAUGUUGUUGUGGACCCAGACAUGUUGACGGACGACGAAUCGGAACCUUUGGGCAAAGAGAAUUUCGAGUUUGCCUUCAACCCUGACGCUUUUGUCGAUCGGAAGGAUCAACCUUGGUCGGUCCCCGAGGACAAAGAAGAUACGAACAUGGCCUUGGUCAAAGAACUUUCGAAGUAUGUCCGAGAACAGCUGUUAGUCGCCGUUGUCAAAGAUUUAUCCGAAGUCAAAGGAUUGCCUGCAGAUGGAAGACGGUUGAGUGACUUGCUACAUUCCCAUGGAGUCAACAUUCGAUAUCUCGGUCACAUCACCCAUCGUUUGCAAUUACUCGCCAGUGCCAUCUCUGCAUCGCCGGAGAAGAACAACGAUCAACACGUGAUUUUGCAGGCUUCGAUCGGCUUACUGCAAAGUGAAAUGGUCUUCCGAGCGUGCAAGCACAUCUUGAACGAGAUGUUACUCAGCACAUCGGAGCAUGAGGCUUGUCCCUGCAUAUCCCACUUUCUCAAUUGCCUUCUAGGUCAAUCAGCCGCCAUUCCCUCUUCCGAGCAACCUCUCGACCCCUCUUCCCCUUGGAGAGCUUGCACUCGACAAUCACUGAGAAAUCAGAUAACCAGUUCAAUCCGUCGCCGUUACCGAUAUGCUCUACCAAACUCUUUCUUUACUCAAAGGCUCCCUCGCACCAAAGUUCAGAUGUUGAGAGAAAUCUGUACGCGCAUGGGGAUUCAGUUGCGCUUGCGUGAUUACAACUUGAGUCCUCCAUCACCCGAACCGAUUACCAAUGGACACACCCAGAUUGUCAACGAGCAAGUCCAGAAAAAUGCCGAGACGGUACCAGCCACCGAAGAGCCGGUGCCAGCUACCAAUGGGCACACCAACAGUACAGACGACGAAAAUUCGACUGACGCAGCAACGCCGAAUGAGUCAGCAGCGCCAUCUGCACCCAAGCAGCUUAAGAAGAAGAAGAAAUCAAAGUCCAAGAAAGGGGCGGCUUCCUCUUCCGGGAGUGCUGACGGACAGACAUUUUCACCAAACGAUAUCUUGAAUUUACUUCCCAUCGUUCGAGAUUCGACCUGUCGAAGCUCUGUGGCGGAUGAGUUAUAUGCAGAGGGCAGAAAUGCAUUCUCGAAUGGCGACAUUGCGCUUGGACAGGAGCUCUGCACAGACGCUUUGACAACGUACGAACAAGUCUUUGGAUCGAUACAUCCGGAAAUGUGCCGACAUUGGCACUCGUUGGCGAUUCUUUACCAUCAGCUCUCCCAGCGUACCUUGGUGGAGCUUUCCGAAUACAACGACAGGUUGCUCGAGCUUUCUGCAAUCUACCACUCGGCCAGCAAUGAGGAGGAUCGCGAGAAAGUCAAGCAACGGAUUGAGUCUUACCAAAGGGAUCGGGAACCAGAAGCAUUGAAAAACGAGAUCGAUACCUAUAUCCAACUCGCCGCCAAUAAUCUCCGCCAGAGUGUCAUCGUGGCCGAACGGACCCUUGGAUUGGAUCACCCAGAAACGAUCCAGCAGUAUUCUGAUCUCUCGGUGAUGGAGUACCAUCUGGGAAACACAGAGACGGCUAUGAGAUACACAAAGCAUGCGCUAGAGCUCUGGCAUUUGGUCUACGGACCUGGUUGCCAUCCUGAUGCAUCCGCCUCCGUAACCCAUGCAGGCGUUCUAGCUCAAUCUACACUGGAUCCCAACAGAUCACCCCGGGCCGAUACGAUCUUCGGGCUAUCCCAAUCGUUGAUUGGAAGUUUUUUUGGGGUUGAUUCAGCCAAGUUUGCUGAGGCGACAUUGAUACUCUCGCAGAUGUUUGCACAAAGCGGGCAAAAGGAGCAAGCCAUCAAAUACAGCCUCGAAGCGAAGAAGUUGUAUGCCAACCGAUUCGGAGAAGACCACGAGCAAACCAAACAAGCCAACCAGCUGCACGACUCGAUCUGCCGUUCGAUCGAGGCCCAGAUCAAAGGCGACGAAGAAAAAAGCGCCCGACUGGCUAAACGGCUCGGCUUGGAUCCCAAACGGGCGGCUAGCUUGCGCGCUCGAUUGCUGGCUUCUUCUGCCUCUUCUUCCGGCCCUUCGCCAGUUUCCGCCGAGUCUUCUCUCUCUAGCUCGGAUCAACGAUUAAUCGGCCCCCAAGAAACUUUGCCCCGGAAAAUCCGUCCUCCAAUAGCUCAAAAUGGUACCCCAGUCAGUAUCGACGACCUGGUCAAAUUUAUCCAGGGCACCUCUUCAACUGGCAAGUCUUCCAAAGCUAACAACGGCUUGAACAACCCGUCGACUUCGGCCGCUAGGAGCAACCGUCAAUCUUCGGCCGUGAAAACCUCGUGA